UCUGCUGAACAACCUGGGCUGCGAGUUUCGAAAUUGAUGCCUGCCUGGUUUUGUACAUCUCUGUGCAGUUGACAGCGGAUUUACGCCUCACGAUUCCCCUCCUCCCCCCUGCCACGUGAGUGGCAUUGCCUCGCAGUGGUGUCCGUGAGCGUCGCUAAAGAAGUCCCGGGACAGGUUCGUUGGAGGUGAAGCCGCUCCAACCUGUUCCAGCUCUAGAAGGCGUGGAAGUUCCUCCGCGUUUCUCAUUUUAACUGGGCGUGAACAGCGCUCUUUGCUUUGGCAUCGGAUGGUCCUGGCACGUCGUGGGUGGUGUUCAUUGCCCAGACGUUCAUUGCAAUUUGGACAGAGAAAAGCCACCGUUUUCUUUCAUUUCUCCGAGAGGAGGAGAACUCAAGCAGUAGGAAAAUGUCUGUUUUCCCUAAAAUAUCUUUGAGACUUGAAGUUGAAAACUAUCUUAAAGCGGGCUUUAUGAAUAAGGAGAUUCUGUCUGCUUUAGGUAAACAAGAAGCAGAAAGGAGGUUUGAAACGCUGUUACAUAACUUGUCUCACCCUCCGUCAUUUACCACGGUCAGGGUAAACACGCAUCUGGCCUCAGUACAACAUGUGAAAAAUCUGUUAUUUGAUGAACUUCAGAAGCAGUUUAAUGGAUUAAGUUUUCCUAUUCUUCAGCAUCCAGACCUUCAGGAUGUCUUACUUAUUCCUGUUAUUGGACCUAGGAAGAAUAUAAAACAACAGCCUUGUGAAGUCAUUGUUGGAGCCCAGUGUGGUAAUGCUGUGUUACGAGGAGCCCAUGUCUAUGUCCCUGGAAUCGUGUCAGCCUCAAAAUUUAUGAAAGGUGGAGAUGAUGUUUCCGUAUACUCUGAUAUUAAAGGCAAAUGUAAGAAAGGAGCCAAAGAAUUUGAUGGAACAAAAAUAUUUCUUGGAAACGGAAUUUCUGAACUAAGUCGCAAAGAGAUCUUCAGUGGGCUGCCUGAACUGAAAGGUGUAGGCGUAAGAAUGACAGAGCCAGUGUAUCUCAGCCCUUCAUUUGAUAAUGUACUGCCCAACUACUUAUUUUUACAGAAUUUGCCAUCUGCUGUAGUAAGUCAUGUUCUGGAUCCUCAGCCUGGAGAGAAGAUUCUAGAUUUGUGUGCAGCACCCGGAGGCAAAACAACACACAUUGCAGCACUCAUGCACGAUCAGGGAGAAGUGAUAGCACUGGAUAAAAUAUCCAACAAAGUAGAAAAAAUAAAGCAGAAUGCAUUAUUGUUAGGAUUGAAUUCCAUCCGGGCAUUUUGCUUUGAUGGAACAAAGGCCCUUAAACUUGAUAUGGUUAAGGACACAGACGGAGAACCUCCAUUCUUACCAGAAUCGUUUGACCGAAUUCUUCUCGAUGCUCCCUGCAGUGGAAUGGGACAGAGGCCAAACAUGGCUUGUACUUGGACUUUGAAAGAAGUGAUGUCCUAUCAACCAUUACAGCGAAAACUCUUCACUGUGGCAGUGGAGCUGCUCAGGCCGGGGGGCGUGCUGGUGUAUAGCACGUGCACUGUCACCCUGGCAGAAAACGAGGAACAGGUUGCCUGGGCCCUCGAGACGUUUCCCAGCCUUCAGCUUCAGCACCAGGACCCACAGGUGGGAGGAGAAGGGAUGCUGGGAGCUGGCCUGUCACCUGAACAGUUGAAACGGCUGCAGCGAUUCGAUCCCUCUGCAGUGCGGUCACUGGACCGUGACAUUGGUUCUCUGAGAGACGCCAGCAUAGAAGACCUGGUUUGGCUGGCAAAUAAGGAUUGUAUAGGUUUUUUCAUAGCAAAAUUUGUAAAAUGCAAAAGCACACAAGAGGAGGAUCUUUAGAAAUGAAAAUUCCAAACAUGUGCCAUGUGGUUAUUAUUUUUUUUUAAACCAAACUCUCAUCAAACCAUAUGAUUGAUGUCGUGGUUGCUGGAGAAACAGAAAAGGCUGCCAGCUCUUCCACCAGGAAUCAAGAGACUCUACUUCAGAGAGAAAAACACUGGAGGGUUGGGGUGGGAGUGGGGUGUGCAUUGAGAUUAUAUUUUGUGUUUUUAAGAAAAUUUUUCCUUUAUGGAUUUAGCAGAGUAUAAAGAAAAGGAGGUGCCUGUCGAAGUCUGGAACGUAAUUUCAUUUGGGGUCUUUGUUUUAAUUUGUAAAGAAUGCAAGUCAUUUUUAAUGUUAAAAUGAGUGGAUUUUACAAAAGGAAUAAAAUUAGCAGUAUUUAAUUUGGUUAUAAAA